AUGUCCUUGGCGACCAACUCUGCACAUCACCCGCAGCGGCACGAGAAGGUGGCAGCCUUUCGCAAAGCUUUGGACACAGCAGACGGACUUCCAGCUGAGCUGAGACAAGAUCUUUGCGCCUUGCCGGCUGGAGGAGUCUACGCCGAAGGAGUGCGAAACGCCAGGAAGCCUCGUGCCGCCAGGCUCCAAGGGCCGGCCACCACCAUGCAAAGGCCGUGGAGCUCUGGAGCAGUCAUGUAG